GUGCAGUCGUACGGUCGUGACGUCGGCGGGUGCACGGGAGAGACGCGCUCGGUCCGGAGAGCGAGCUGGCGUCAGGAGCCGCGGGGUCACAGCGUGGUUUUGAAGCCGCAUCCGCCGCCACCAUGAGCGGCCGAAGUCGGGGUCGAAAAUCCUCCCGCGCCAAAAGCCGGGGCAAAGGCCGCGCCAAAGCCCGAGUCCGCCCUGCUCCUGACGACGCCCCGCGCGACCCGGACCCUUCACAGAACCAGAGCCUCGGGGAGGACAUCCGGGCGGUACAGGUGCAGGAUGGCGCGGGGUGGGGUGGCCUGGAAACCGCUGCGUCCGCGCAGCUCCUCGGGCCUGGGGAGGAGGCCGCCUGCCGGCUCCCCCUGGACUGUGGCCUCGCGCUGCGGGCCCGAGCUGCGGGAGACCGCGGGCAUGCCGCGGCCAGUCCCGGCCCCGGGAAGGCCGUAUCUUUCUCGGAGCGCCUGGUCGCAGACACUGUCUUCGUGGGAACAGCGGGAACCGUGGGAAGGCCGAAAAAUGCCCCCCGCGGUGGAAACCGGCGUGGCCCUGCCCGGAAGAAGGCCCCAGAAACGUGUAGCUCCGCGGGGAGGGGGCCUCAGGCGAUAGCUGGUAGGAAGCAAAAGAAAGGGGCGGCAGGGGAGAAUACCUCCGUCUCAGCAGCGGAGGAAAAGAAGGAAGAGAGAGAUGCAGGGGCGGGGCCCCCAGCUACGGAGGGCAGCAUGGAUACUCUGGAGAACGUGCAGCUGAAGCUGGAGAACAUGAACGCGCAGGCGGACAGGGCCUACCUUCGACUCUCUAGGAAGUUUGGGCAGUUGCGACUGCAGCACUUGGAGCGCAGGAACCACCUCAUCCAAAAUAUUCCAGGCUUCUGGGGGAAAGCAUUUCAGAACCACCCCCAGCUAGCAUCCUUUCUGAACAACCAAGAAAAAGAGGUACUGAGCUACCUAAGCAGCCUGGAAGUGGAAGAGCUUGGCCUUGCCAGAUUGGGCUACAAAAUCAAGUUCUACUUCGAUCGCAACCCAUAUUUCCAAAAUAAGGUGCUCAUCAAGGAAUAUGGGUGUGGUCCUUCUGGCCAGGUGGUGUCUCGUUCUACUCCAAUCCAGUGGCUCCCAGGGCAUGAUCUCCAGUCCGUAAGCCAGGGAAACCCAGAAAACAACCGUAGCUUCUUCGGGUGGUUUUCAAACCACAGCUCCAUUGAGUCUGACAAGAUUGUGGAGAUAAUCAACGAGGAACUGUGGCCCAAUCCCCUGCAGUUCUACCUUUUGAGUGAAGGGCCUCGUGUAGAGAAAGGAAAGGAAAAAGAAGGCAGACAGGGUCCAGGAAAGCAGCCAGUGGCAACUCCUCAGCCUGGGGUGAGCCAGUCCAACUGAUUCUGCACAAGUCUCCCUGCUGCUUCCUGCCGGACUGUUCCUGGUUGACGACGUGUUUGGCUCUCUGCCUUCUCUUCAUGUUGGCCUCUGUGUACUCUAGACCCUUUGGACUUUAGUUACAAGAAUAUGGCAUUUAUGAUCAUGUUCUUUUGCCUCUUCAUAGCCUCUUGCUUUUCCAUGUUCAUGUUAUGUGAUCACACCUGGACUGUUUAAAUGUUAAGCACACAUGCUUUAGAUGUGUGCCGCCUUUUAUCUACAUUGCCUGGACCUUGUUCUUGGCCCUGGCCUUCCCUACUUGUCUUUAACAUGGACACUCGUGAGUCAUCUUCCAGGACGACCAGUGCAUCCUCAAGCUCUGCUCUUUCAGGGCCAGUGACUUGCUGGGCUUUGUGUUCAUGCUGGCCAUGCAUGUCAUCUAUGCAAGCGUUUCCAUUGCCACUGCAGAAUGAAGUCAGUGCACAUGGUAUUGGUCAUCAGCCAGAACUUACUGUUCUGUGGGUCUGGGGUCACCAGCUAAGAUGUCACCUACUUUAGCUUUGGCCUGUGGUCCAUGAUGCUUAUCGUGCUUGAUGUUCUGCAGAAUGGCACUUGACUGCUGGGCAUGCAUGAGGUUAAGGGCAAGAAACAGUAUGCCAUGUGUUCUAUACCAUCAUGUAUCUCUUCCUGUUUCUGGGCCUUCUGCUGGUGAACUUUCAUCUACUGGUGAACUUUCAUCAAGAUCUGUGCCAUGCCCUGUCACUAUCAAGCCAUUAAGUUUUGUCUGGGUUGCUAUCAGCCUCAGUUGGUUUCCUGGUCAACAAGGACCUCAAGAACUGCCUGUGGACCAAGGCUCCCUGCCAGUGCAUGAGACACACACCUAUCCUCCCCAGCCUUCCAGGAACUCCACUGUCUGCCAGACUGUUGGGCAGGCUGGUAUGUGUGGACCUGUGUUCACUGUCAUGCUGUGGCUCCAGGUGUGGCUUUGUACAUCUACAUUAAUGCUAUAUGCUGCAUAUUUUGCCUUUGAAGUCUUACCAGUUUCCCCAUUUUAGUCUAAUGGGAAAAUAGAGCUGCGCAAGUCUGCUUUUUGUUGUUGUUGUUAUUAUUUUGCUCUUUGUAAUCGACAUUUUCAGACAUGCACAGAAGUGGAGAGGAACUUGGACCCCAUGUGCCCGUCACCUAGCUGCAUCACUUUUCAAUUACGGUUAACCUGGUUUCAUUUGUAUCUUUCUCUUUUUACCUGUAUUGUUUAUUGAAAAUCCAAGCCACUAUGCCAGUGCAACUGUGACUACUUGGGGAGAUUGGUAGUCUUUUGGUGGUGGUAGUGAUGGGGUGCACUAUCCUAAUCACAUCAGGUCUGCUUUUUGCUUUUGUUGUUAACGAAAUUCCGGAGAUGGGCCUUAGAAAUGUGUUUUAAGAAUUAACAAGGAGUCUCAAAAAGAAAUGAGAGGGAUUCUUCCUUUCCCUUUUAUCCACAAAGGAAGAGAGAGCUUGUAAAACUCUUUCAGAAAAAUUCUGAUGUGAUAAGGUACUUGAGAUCCUUCACCAGAAUGUCAGUCUUUUUUUUCUGUGUAACAUGAAGACUUGCUGUUAGAAUUGUUAUCAGUUUGUACUGGUCUCAUAACUCUGGUUUUGGAAGAAUAAUUUGGAAAUUGUUGCUGUGUUCUGUGAAAAUAACCUCCCCAGAAUAAUCAGUAACUGGUUGUUGUACUCGGUAAUUUGACACCCUGUUAAUAAUGCAAUUAUUUCUGUGUUUCUAAACAGUAUAAAUAGUUGUAAGUUUGCAUGCAUGAUGGAAAAAUAAAAACCUGUAUCUCUGU